AUGGGGAUCAGAGAAAAUUUCUGCCCCCGCAAACAGUUGGCUGGAUACAUUUUCCCACUCACACCCAUUGGCUGGUUUGCAUAUUCAGACGAACUCUGUAAAGUAGGAACGAGUGGUGCUGGUAAACCCCGAGCUUCAACCAGAUGUUCCACCAAGAAUGGACCACCGAGUUUUGAGCCCCCACACGUCUAUCUGUGUGACCAGACGCUCAGUGACAUACAACAAAAUCUGACGAGUCCUGCUGCCUUAGAGACGUUGGCGAGCAGCACUCAGAUUCUGACGUCCAAACCUGAAGAGUUGACGGCUGAAAACAUCACAACAGCAGCUCAGAUCACCAACACGCUGCUGCUGUCUCCAAACGCCACAGAGGUCGUCAGGGUGGCUGCCAUAGCAACAGUCAGCCAGCUGCUGAACGCCAGCGUGCCAGACAACAGCGAGGAAAACAGCGCUACACUGGAACUCACAAAGACCCUGGACCAGCUCUCUGUGGACCUCAGCCUCAGUUCCAACACGUCUCAGUCUCAGGUGGUCCAACCCAACCUGGUGGUCCAGUCGACACAAAUCGCUGCUGCAGACACUCUGGGAGUCCAGUUCACCUCGCUCUCAGGGACAUCCGGCAGCUUUAUCGCCGACCGCAUUGUGCUGAACACCAACACAUCGACAAUCAUGGAAAAUGGGAUUUCUGAUGCUCUGAUAUACGUUCGAUUCCCACCAGCAGCCGUUGGUGUUAAUCAGCAGCCAGAAAACGUCUCGCUGGGUUUCGUCCUCUACCAGAACGACCGUUUCUUCAGGUCGAGGCGCUAUAGUCGGAGGCGGGUCACUGUCAGGGUUCUGUCUGCCACCUUCAGAGGUCAGGAGCGUCGUACAGUGCCACAACAUGUGGAGAUGCAGUUCAGACCAAGGGUUCUGGACGGGACAGCUCUGUACAACUUUGCUUGUGUUUUCUGGGACUACAGUCUGCAGGACUGGAGCACCGCCGGCUGCUCCAAAGGAGACGCUUCAGACGGACUCCUCAGAUGUUUCUGCAACCACACCACCAACUUCGCUGCUCUCUGGUCUUUCAGAGAGAACUAUGAGUAUCCAGACGCCCUGGAUGUGUUUUCUAUUGUUGGACUUUCUUUUUCUGUCCUGGGUUUGGUUGUUACGAUAAUUCACCACCUUAAAGACAACUUUCAGAGAAAGUCCCAUGAGCGUGAGACGAAUAAGAACUUGAAGCUCGCUCUGCUGAGCAUCUGCAUCAGCCUGCUGGCCUUCAACCUCACCUUCAUCUCUGGAGCUGGAAACAAAAAAGAAAACAACGGAUCGGUGGUGGUCGACAUUCAGACCAACACGGUCCCGGACUCUGACGAACACGUGGAGCCAGACAGUGGCUCGUGUACGGCGGUGGCGGCUCUGCUUCAUUUCUUCCUGUUAGCCACGUUCUUGUGGAACUUCCUGUACGGCAUGCAGCUGGUGCUGAUGGUCCGGACGCAGUCGGAUACAUCCAGUCCAGGAAAUCUGCCUCCAUACUGGACUCCCCUCAGUGUCACUGUGGGAUGGGGAGUCCCAGCCAUCGCCAUGGCAUCCACACUGGGCAUCUCCUACAGCAUGGACGACCCGCUCAGAUACAGACGGGAGGAAUUUUGCUGGCUCGCAGCUCUGGAUAAGAACAAACAGUUUGACUUUGGGAAGCCGAUGUUUUGGGGUUUCCUCCUUCCACUCGCUGUGAUUCUGAUCUCCAACGUGGUUCUGUUGGUUCUGACAUCGCUGACUAUUUGCAGGACCAACCCGGCCCUCAACAGCACCAAAUUUUGCUCUUUGUGGAAGAAGUUUUUCACCAGUUUUUCUCUGGCCGUGUUACUGGGUCUGUCCUGGACUCUGGGCUACCUGGUGCUCGUCACUAAAGGCUCCGCCCACCUGGUCUUCAGCAUCCUUUUCUGCGUCUGUACGACCACACAGGGGUUGCAGAUAUUUGUCCUCUUCACAGCCAGGACGGCGUCCUUCAGAGCCUCCGUGUCCACAUCCCUUCAGUACUUGUCAUCUGUCAACCUCCAUCUCAGAGAAACAGUAUACUGGCUGCAGAGGAACUGGGAGAGGACUAGUUCCGAUUUCUACAGAGAUCUUCUGACGACCACUGAAAAAGAACCACAUGUCCCAGAAUCUAAUGGAACCAAACCUUCAACGGUCUGAAAGAAAAAGACAACAGAAAAAGGAUUUAAAUUUAAUGAUUAAUAUGUUUAAAAAGUGCUAAAACCUUUAAAUGAUCAAAUAGUAUUUAGCUUUUCUGUUAAUAAUAUGAACAUUUAAGACAGACCAGGGCAUUGGGCGGACUGCGGGCCACAUCCGGCCCGUUGGCUGUCCUUGUCCGCAGUGCUUUUAUUUUGAAGGCGGUUUACGUAUAUAUGCCUGAUGUUAGGUACCUUAAAACAUGUGUUGCUUUUUGCAUAAAGUUAAUAAAUUACUGGUUUGCUGCAUAACAUACAUGCUCUAUAUUGUUUUUGUGGUUUGAAUGAAUGUUUAGUAGCAUUCCUGGCUGACUCUUUAACUGAUGGUUCACAAGAUUUAUAUUAUUUAUGAUAAUCGUAGCUCCAUGAAAAUAAAAAUAAGACAUUCCUUGGUCACCUUGUGAAACCACCGUAAAUGCUACGAGGUGGAAAAACAAUAACAAACAAUAGCACUUGAGCAAACAAGCACUUUUACUAUUAGUUAAGACAACAAAUAUAGCCAUAUAAUACAAAUGACAGAAGAAAAUAAACUUGAACAAACCUUGUUCCCUGUCAGCCAGCCACUAUAGAAGCCUUUUUCAUACUUUAUAUCAACUUUAUGAAUUACGACACACUGGUUACUAUUUACCGUUCGUUUUAUAUUUUACCGUUCCACCUGUUAUUUCCUGUCACUACCUUUCAAAAUUAAAGCACCCGUUUCACCCUGGACGGCACCUUUUUCAAAUAAAAGCAUCACAACAUUGUAAAACAACUAGAAAAUAUACAAACAUGAAAAACAAGCUAUAUAAUACAAAAACACCAAUAGGAACCUUGCCUUGCCUUGGUCAUUUACAGUUGUGUUUAAAAUAAAUGGAAAAGUGAUAUAGUGAUUGGAGUAUUUACUAUUUUUUACUCCUAUAUUUGAUUUCCUCCACAUUAACAGUCUUAUCAUAACAUGUAUUCUAUUCUGCAUAUGUUAUCAGUAGCAGCUCAAAACCAGAUGUUUUACUGUAUUUUAUAAAGAGAUUAAAUUAAUAUUGAGCAGAAUUUAGUUCAGAGUUUUGGUCCGGCCCCCGCAACCUUCGUGGAAUUGGUCAUGUGGCCCCUUGGGAAAAUGAAUUGACCACUCCUGGUUUCUGGAAAAUUUUUUGAUUUCCAAAUUAAUAUUUCUGUUACAGGCUUUUA